CACUUUAAGAGAACAACACUUCCUGUUUGUGAGGAGAACUUUUCUCAUGGGGGGAGUUUCACAGCUGUCCCACUUCACUGCACACAACAACACACACACAGACACACACUCUGUCACAGCGAGCUGAAGACUGCUGGGACUCACACACACACACUGACACACUCACACACACACAGACACACACUCAGGGGCUCAGCGCAGGUACCGGGGACUCACCUGCAGCAGCGCCGCGGGGAGGAGGCUGCUCAUGGCCGACACAGGCAACAUGUCCACGGGGAUCCGGGCCAUGUUCUCCCUGCUCACACCCGGAGAGUCCUCGUUCCAGAGGCUGGAGGACGUCCCGAACUAUGUGCAGCAGGCCACUCCUUACUUCAUCGGGCUGAUGGUUCUGGAGAUGGUGGUGGGCAUGCUGAAGACCGACGCCCCGGUGGUCACCAUCAGCGACGGCCUCACCUCCAUUUCUUCUGGAAUGAUCUCCAGACUCCCGAUGUUGCUGGUUCGAGGCUGUGAGCUGACGGCCUACAUGUUCGUGUGGGAGCGGUUCCGCCUGGUGGAGCUGCCCUGGGACUCCGCCUGGACCUGGUGGCUCACCUUCCUGGGGGUGGACUUCUGCUACUACUGGGUCCACCGCUGUGCUCACGAGGUGGCCAUCCUGUGGGCUGCUCACCAGGUUCACCACAGCUCAGAGCACUACAACCUCACCACGGCCCUCAGGCAGUCCCUCACCCAGCAGCUUGCAUCAUGGAUCUUCUACAUGCCCAUGGCUCUGGCUGUUCCUCCGUCAAUCUUCGCCGUUCACAUCCAGUUGAACCUGCUCUACCAGUACUGGAUCCACACGGAGCUCAUCAGUGACCUCGGGCCUUUGGAGUGGAUCUUCAACACACCGAAACACCACCGAGUUCAUCACGGGAGGAACCUUUACUGUAUCGACAAGAACUACGGAGGAAUUCUGAUCGUGUGGGACCGACUGUUCGGUACCUUUGCUCCAGAGGAGGAGAAGGUGGUGUACGGCCUGGUCUACCCCAUCAAAACGUUUGAAAUCCUCUACGUUCAGUUGCACUACUACUCGUAUUUGUGGAACGUGUCCAAAACGUACAGAACCAUCAGCCACAAGCUGUCCACCUUCAUCAAGGGCCCGAGCUGGAAACCUGGGAAAUCUCGUCUGGGAGACAGCAAGGACAAUCCCAAGGUAACUGGAAAGGAAGUUCCCUACAACCCCAGCUGGCCGCUGCUUCUACAAGGUUACGUGGUCGUUCAUUUCCUGCUGGUGCUGCGGAGCUACCACGACCUGUUUGAAAACAAGGAGGUACGUGUAAUGAAACUGAAAAAUGUGAUCGUGUUGACGUCUCUAAUUCCGAAUGAAGUGAAGUAGCUGGUGACUUGAGUCUUGCUCACACGCUGCCUCCAUGUUUAGGCUUCUGUAAUCCCUCAUAUAAAGUAUGACAAGGUGGUCCGGGGGCUCUCAAUUUAAGGCUGAGUGCUGCGUGUUUGUUUGCCAACAUUAUUUCACCCAAUUAUUCAGUUUGUUGUGGCGGCUCCACGCUCGGGCAGAGUCCUCUACUUAGCCGGCGGGAAAAAGACCAGUUCUGACUCCCAUCAUGACAGAAUGACGGAUCGGCGUUCCCCUUUAGAACAACCUUUGUCUAUUAUUUUCCACUCCACGAGCCAAAGGACCCCCGUCCCUCCUCCUCCGGACAGAAAAAGAGAGAGAGAAGCAGGUCUCCUCGGCAGUUAUCUUUGGAAGGCGUUGU